AUUUACAGAACCGUUUCAGAUUGGAGUUAUACCAGUUAUAAAAUAACUUAUCCAUCUGUCAUAUAUAGGCACCAAAAGACAACCCUACUUUUCAAAUAAAAAUCCUUUUAGCUUUUAUAUAUUAUAGUUUAUGACGAAUCUGGGGCUUUUGUAUUUCUGAAUCAACUGAAGUGUUGUUUUGGCAAAAGCCCUAGAUUUUAUCGAAGAAGGAGAAUUCAAUGGCAAGCGUAAUGAGGAGUUGUCUUCAAUCACUUUUGAAGAUUGUGAAUUCACUAAUAGGAAUGGCUGGAUUAGCUUUGAUUAUAUAUGCUUUGUGGUUAUUUAGGGUUUGGCAAAAACACGCGGAUCAUUGGGAUUCUGAUUUUCCAGUUCCUUGGUUUAUCUAUGCUUCCUUUGGCUUGGGAGUCAUCUUGUGCGUGAUAACAUGCUCUGGUCAUAUUGCUGCAGAGACUGCAAAUGGACAUUGCCUUUCCUGUUACAUGGUAUUUCUCUUUUUUCUUGUACUGCUGGAGGCUGCAGUGACCGCAGAUGUGUUUUUGAAUCAUCACUGGGAAGAGGAUUUCCCUGAGGAUCCUACGGGGAGCUUCGAUAGUUUCAAGCAUUUUGUGAGCUCAAACUUUGAUAUCUGCAAAUGGAUAGGCAUUUCAGUUGUAGCUGCUCAGGGGUUAUCAAUCUUAUUGUCCAUGAUUCUCAGAGCUCUGGGCCCAGACCAAGGAGGAUUUUAUGAUAGUGAUGAUGAUUAUACUCCGGCAAGGCUUCCUCUCUUGAAGAAUCCCACUCACCCCCCUGCAUAUGUUGUUGCCGACCCUCGUUUUGCUCCCAAAAGUGAUUCGUGGAAUGCAAGAAUUCAAGACAAGUAACUGUGGUGGCAUUAAAGGGGAACAUAAUUCCAAAAUGGACAGGAUUAAACAACUAUCACGGCGAGAUACAGUGCUCGUUCAAAAGACUGUCAUCUCGACCAACUAAGCAUAUUUUGUAAUGGAGGGGGUUCUCUGAUGGCAUCACAUGUUUACUAUAAAAAUUGUAUAUAUGGAUAGAAUAGCGAGUAUUUACUGUUUUAUGUAUGAGAAAACAUUAGCUGUUUCCUUUACCGUAUAAAAUGACACAUACUUUUUACUCAAUUCUGGAUCAUUAUGAUUAUGUUGG